AUGAGUGUCGAAACAAAAUCCUCUGAGAAAGUCAUUCCUCUUUGUGCGAAAGACCAAUGGCGGCCCAUUAGCAACAUCCGCUCUCUGGCAUUUAUUGUCGUCCGAGACAUCCUCGAUGGAGACUUUAUGAGAGAAUCGCUAGAUAAGUUGAUUACAGAGCAUAUCCCUCUUCUAGGUUCGCGGAUAAAACCCAGCGGACCAGACGGUUGGCUCCAAUACCAUUUAAUCUCACCGCCGCCCGACAAGUAUAAGACAUUUGGAUGGUCUGUUAGCAAUGCUGAAUCGACCCUCGGAGACUCAAAGCUUGUGCCUGAACAGGACUCGCAAAAGGGAAUCACCAUCUUUCCAGAUGUGACAGCCUUGGAAUCGUGCUGGAUACCCGCCGACUGGCCGAUUCUACGCAACCAGGACAAACCAGAAACACCGCUCUUGCUCGUUCAUCUCACAUACUACACCGAUGCCACGAUAGUGGCUGUUAGUCUACCGCACUGCGUAAGCGAUCAAUUGGGUCUUGGCAGUGUCCUCAGCUCCUGGACAGACAUCAUAAAGGGUAAAGAGCCUUUGCCAUUCAUCGACCUUCCAAAAGGUGCUCUCGAAGGUGACAAAACUAUAUCUCAAAAGGAGCUGCGUAAAAAGUACAAAUUUCGGUUGAAGACAAAGGCAGACCGAGCGGGAGUUUUGAUGGGCAUUGUUCCAGAGCUGGUUAUACGUCCGAAAGAGACGAGAUGCACCCUCUAUUUCCCCGUUGAGUUGAUUGCUGGGAUACGUGAGCGGUGGCAGAAGGAGAUUCAGGCGAAAUUCGGUGCCAAGGCGGCGGGCAUUACGAAUGGAGAUGCGAUUGCCGGAAUCAUUGUCAAGCUCGGCAAUCUGCAUCGCAAACGACCCAAGAAACAACUCUUCACCAGCGCAGUAAACGUUCGCGGAUAUCACUCCUCACUCCCCAGAUCCCACAAAUAUCUACACAACGCCCUCAUCUUCGCCCCAACCCACGCAGCCAUCAGCCGCUCCAAGCCUCCAGCCUCCGAAAUCGCAUACAAAACCCGGCUCGCGAUAGUAGACAGCCUACAACCGGCAAACAUGGAGCGCGGCCUCGCAGUGGCGCGGGAGCUCUACCUGCACAAAAUUUUGAUGCACAUCUGCGAGCCGUGGGAGUUUAGCUAUGGCGUGACGAAUUGGUGUAACGCGUGGCAUGGGAUUGACUUUUCUGCAGCGAGCAUCAAGAGAAUUGAAGACGAUGCUGCUGAAAAGGCGGAUGAGGCUGUUCCGGCGCCGCUUGUGUUUGGGCAUGCCCUUGAGAGGAACCAUCCCAAUCGAUUAAGCGCUACAAUCAUGUCCAAGGGCGAAGGGGGGUACUGGGUCGACUUUGCAGCGCCGAAUAAAGGCAUGGAGGCUAUCAAAGCCCUUUUGAGGAAUGAUCCCAACUUGGAGACGAUAUGA